AUGGCAUUGGCUCCAUAUACCAGCCAAAUGUUUCCACACUUCCGGCCAUUGGUCUCGGUUCUCGUGCCUCAACUUACAGCACGUCCUGUCAUCGAGUUUCAACCUUACGAUACCGCUGCUGUUGCAUCGUCAUCUAUCCGAAGCGUCUAUCUACCUACCUACCCUACCUUCGCUCUCGACCUACCAUCUCAAGAUGUGGUAGCCCCUAAGACGUCCUGCAAAGCACUAUACUACAAAGGCAAGAAGCGACUAGAAUAUAAGCAGGGCUCAUGCCGUUACUUGUACCCAACGGCUGCAGCUCAUGUUACCAUUCAGUAUAUGGCCAAGGAGAAGUACUUGAUUAUUUGGCAAUUGCACUUGUGGCCGUCCUUCGAUACCCGAACCAAACGGAAGUAUCUGUCCGUCGUGUGA